CUACCGGAUGUUGAUAUCAAGGUUAACAACAAUGGCUGCGCUCAUGAGGAAAGUGGUGAUGCCGCCGUGUGUAUUACCAAAACACAUCGUGCGAUGUUUGAUGACAACGAAAAUUGAACACAUGAAUAUCUGUAAAUCGUUGUUCGCGAUCCAGGAUAACUGUAAAUCAAGCAGUACGUAUUUGACCUGUGCAAUGAUUUCACAAUGCCUGACUUUUUCUAGAAUGUUGUCAUACAGUCAUCCAUGUCAAAAUAAGAAAGGCCGGUCAACAGAAUCAAAGUCACAGAUUGAUAAAGCCGGUGUUGUUCCUCGAAAACCGCACUGCAAUGUCGGAACUAUCGGGCAUGUUGACCAUGGAAAAACAACAUUGACAGCUGCUAUCACGAAAGUUCUAUCAGAAACUUACAGUGAAGAAAAUAAAUUUGUUUCUUAUGAUUCUAUAGAUAGAGCUCCAGAGGAAAGAAAGCGAGGCAUAACAAUAAAUUCGGCUCAUAUUGAAUAUGUUACUCCAAAUAGGCAUUACGCCCAUACCGAUUGCCCUGGUCAUAUUGAUUAUGUAAAAAAUAUGAUCACUGGUGCAUCUCAGAUGGAUGGUGCAGUUUUAGUAGUGGCUGCCACAGAUGGCACAAUGCCCCAGACGAGGGAACAUUUGUUGUUAGCAAAACAGAUUGGUGUUAAAUACAUUGUUGUCUUUAUAAAUAAAGCUGAUGCUGUUGAUAAUGAAAUGGUUGAGUUGGUGGAGAUGGAGGUCCGUGAGGUCAUGACAGAAUAUGGUUUUGAUGGUGAAAAUUGCCCUGUAGUCUAUGGCUCUGCUUUGCAAGCACUUAAUGGAGAAAAUUCUUCUCUCGGAAAAGAUAAGAUUCUAGAAUUGAUGAAAGCUGUUGACAAUUAUUUUCCAACUCCAGAACGCAAAUUAGAUGAACCUUUUGUACUGCCGAUUGAAAAAGUUGUUUCAGUGCCUGGAAGGGGGACAGUAGCUGUAGGAACUUUAAAAAAUGGGAUCUUAAGAAAAGGAGAUGCUGCGGAAGUAGUGGGGUUUGGUAAUUCUGUGAAGACAGUUGUCUCAGACAUUCAGGUGUUUGGCAAAUCCUUGAAGGAAUGUGUGGCAGGGGAGAACAUCGGAGCACUUCUUCGUGGCGUGAAAAAUGAUGUAAUUCAAAGAGGAAUGAUUUUAGGACCUCCCUCAUCACUGACCCAGUGUGAUGCCUUUAAAGCACAGUUUUAUUUGCUGACACAACAAGAGGGAGGGCGUGCUCGGCCAAUUACAAACAAUUAUAUCCAGAUGAUGUACUGCAACACGUGGAACAUUUCAGCUUGUGUAAGACUACCAGAGGGCACUAACAUGCUGAUGCCUGGUGAAGCUACUCAUGGUGAGGUUCUAUUGAGAUUGCCUAUGGUGAUCUCCCCUGGCCACCGUUUCACAGUGAGGCAAAACAAUAUUACAACUCUAACUGGAUUGGUCACUGAAGUUCUACCACCAACAGAGCUACGCAUCAGAGGAUUCAACGAAGAAAAGCAAGUUACACAUGUGAUUCAGGGAAAUGCUCAGGUUACUAGGAGUGCCCGAAUGAAGAGAAAGAAAUCAAACACAUCAUCCUCGUAGUUUUGGAUGGCUGCAGAAGAUUAAAAGUACAGAAGAAUUGUGAUAGAAA